AUGGGCAGCAAUGAGAGCAGCAUGGGCAGCAUUCGCAGCCGUAAGGGAAGCUACGGACCAACUGACGGACCGAGAUCUUCGUGCCCAUCUGUUCGACUCGACAGUUCUUCCCGUCUUCGCGACCCAGUGGAAUAUGUAUCGAAAGCAAAACAUAGAUGGGCCGGUCACAUCAUGAGAAGAAUCGACGAUAGAUGGACUAAAAGAACGCUAGAGUGGAUCCCAAGAAAUGCUAAACGCCCUCGAGGGAGACCGCCAACGAGAUGA